GCAAUCAGAAUGUUGCAGUUACCAAACCGACGGUUGCAGACGGCUCUGGUGUUACUGGUCGCCAUUCAAAUGCUUGAUUGGACCCAAAGCGAGGAACCGCCGAUCAAAUGCCGUUUCGGCGGUGCGGAGUACGACGUCGGAGAGAGGUGGCAUCCGCGCCUGGAGACACAGGGGACAGUGUUCUGCGUCACUUGUCAGUGUUACCAGGGAGGUAGGAUGAACUGUUCCAGCAGGGAGUGUCCCGUCAGGUGUAACAGCAGAGAGGAUUCCUCGGAGUGCUGCAGAAUCUGUACGGAGUCACGGAUGUCCAUCCACAGGCCAGUGUCACCAGACGUUGUGGCGUGCAUCCACAAUGGACGCAUCUACAAGGACGGGCAGAAUUUCCCAUCCAACUCAACCGGAAUGAAAGUAAACAGCCCUAACCAAUGUGUUCAGUGCAGAUGCCAGGAAGGACUUGUGCUAUGUGAAGUACAGACAUGCCAAGAGCUGAGUUGCCAUGAACCAAUUCAGAGCCCUGAUAAUUGCUGCCCUCUGUGUUCAGAAGUUGCUGGUAACAGGGACCUUUCCUCGCCUGUGACAUUCAAGGGCCCAACUGCCCCACGGGACCGCCGAGAUAAAGACUGUAUCUCUGCUGGAAAAUAUUAUUCAGAUGGCUCCUCAUGGCAUCCUGUGAUUGGUCCAUUUGGUCCAAUGGACUGUGUCAUGUGUCAAUGUAACUCUGGAAACAUUGAGUGCAACAGGUUCAGAUGUCCAAGUCGAGCUGAGCUGCAGUGCACAAUGCCAACCAAGCAGUUUGGUCAGUGCUGCCCUGUGUGCCCCAUCACAGCAAUAUCAGCAGUGCAACGGGGGGAUGUGCCAGAGGCUGGAUCACUGCAGUGCAUACCAAAAGCUGCAGAACUAGUUGCAUACCGGGCUCAGGGAGCUGGAAACAUUUCAGAGUUUCUCCAGUAUGCCUUCCAACAACCAGGUGCUAAAGCAAAUGAAGCAGAGUUGCACUCUUGGGUGGUGCGAAAUGGAGCUGUCCAUUCCUUCCAGCUGCAGACAAUCACUGCAAACAACUUUGAGGACCUGCGACACAAGUUCCGUUUCAUACCUCUUGGCACAACAUCUGCAAAGCAUGUCAGCAAGUUUGGAAGGCGUGAGAAGAAGCUUCAGCGGCGAUGCAAAACAAACUGCAGCUACAAAGUGCAACGUUUGGAGGAACUGUUGGGCCUGAACAAGAUAGCAAUGCGCAAAAUGUGUCUCACCUCAGAACUGCUGCUGACAUCUCUAUGAGGCACAUUCUUUGUAGUGCAACAAUUUACAACUACUUAGUGACUACAAGAUUCUUUGUUCUGUACAGCUACUGUGGCUGAUGCACAUAGGGAUGGGUUGUGCAGGUAUCACAAAAUUCUUUGUACAGCAGUCAUGAAUCCUGACUGUCAUGUUAAUGACUGCAAAAUAUAUCUGCCUCCUUUGAGUAAUGAAAAUUUAAACUUUUUUAGUAAGAAUUUUAAGGGACCAAAUUCAUACCAGUACUAAAAGUUAUGGAAAAAUGUAUCAUUUGGGUAAAUUUCUAUUAUUGGAAUUACUGGGUUUUUGGACUUUUCCCAUCAUCCGGUAUUCUAAAAAAUAGAAAACACAACGUUUCAGAAACUUGAUCUCUUUCUGUCCUCAAGUGGGGAGUGGGGGAAGACACUUGCUGACUUGCAUGGAAAAAGUCCAAGAACCCAGUAAAUCUGAGUGUUAUAAUCCAUCACCAGAACCCUUUGGAAACUAUUUUCAUUAUUGGCUUUCUGACCUUCCUCUACCCUUUUGGAAUUUUACUGACUUCAACCAUUUAAAGCUCAGUAGUUCUAUACAUACCACCUACUUUAAUAUACUAAAACUCUGAAUUCUGCUGAGAGUGAAUCUGUUUUGUAUGGUUCUCAUUUUCCCAACAUCAUUAACUGGCUGACAUUGGUAGUGGAAAUGUAAUGUGUUUCCUGUGAAGUACAAACUGGUUUUUAUAUAUUGUGUAGAAGAAAUUCAGUAUUCAAAGGGUUAGUAAUAGCAU